CACUCCGGCAGCAGCUCCGUGAGCCGAGGCAUGGGCUACAGUGCACUGUUCUGGCUGUUCAUCUCUAGUUGCUGGGUUUGGGGCAUAGGCUGUAGGACAGUGGAGACAGUGCUUGGCACCCUGGGGAAGGCGACAGUCCUGGGGGUCCCCAGUGAAUUCCAGAAUCUCACCCAGCGCUCUGGGACAGCCACAUGGAAGCGGAGCAUGGAAAACCCACUAAGCAAGGAAUACUUGUUCACAUACAACAAUGGUAACUACACCAACUACAAGCCGGGAGAGAUUCUCUUCCACCUAUCCAACUUCUCACUGGAGAUCCUCAGCACCCAGCGGCAGGACCAGCAGCUCUAUGAGUACUCCAUCACCAUGGAAGCGCACGAGAGAAACUGGCAAAUCCAACUGGAAGUGUAUGAGCCCGUGUCCGAUCCCAGCAUCCACAUCCUCGACUGGAUGCUGGCCAAUGACAGCUGCACGGUCACCCUCAACUGCACGGUGGCACAAGGGGACAACGUGUCCUACAGCUGGGCCAGCUCUGAGGCCAGCACCUCGCCGCUCUGCACCCACAACGGCAGCCUCCUGCUGCUCUCCUACGACCCCACCAACAGCAUCCUGCCCUGCACGUGCACCGCCAGCAACCCCGUCAGCAGCCGCACCACUGCCCUCCGCUCCUCCAUCUGCAGCACUGAGCAGCAAGGCAGCUGGAGGACAGGGAUGCUGCUGCUGGGAGUGGUGCUGCCUAUAGUGAUCCUGAUCGUGCUCGCCGGGGUCUUUACUGUGGCCUAUGUGGCUGCAAACAUGAGACAACCAAGGGAGCAGUCGCCGCCCACUGAGGACAGCACAGUGCACACCAUCUACUCUCAGGUGCAGCGGGUGGAGAAGCCAAAGUCCCCCUGCAGCCCCCCUGGCACUGAUCACCCCACCUGCACCACCAUUUAUGCCGCAGCCACUGGCGCAUCCCUGCCCCCCCACAGCCCUCAGGGCGCCAACAUGGAGCCCAUGACUGUUUAUGCCAGCGUGAUGCUGCCCAUCAGCUGAGCCUCCCCGGCGACUGGGGAGGUCCCCGAGGACCCGGCUCCGCCACCUCUCCCUGCGUCCGAACCCCGCAUCCCUGCAGGGGACCUCGCACAUCCCUGCAGAAAUGGGGCACGCUGCUCCCGUCCCCAAACCAUCGCGCUGAGGAUCGCUGGAGCAACAAGUAUGGCCGAAGGAAGGCAAGAAAGUAAAGGGAGCAGCGCGGGGACGGGACCGGACUAUAGCAGCGCUCGGAGGGACGGACUCGCCAGGGGGAGCCCAUAGGGGACAACGUGGGCUGUCAAACUACAGAAGAAAAGGACAAGCAACGAAUCGGAAGGUGCCCCGUAGGCGGUUUCGAUGUGCGCACUGAAGAAACGGUGUCACAGCGAGGAGCCCCCGCGGCUCUCCCGUGGCCGUGGGAAGCGCCACAUCGCUUCUCCAUCCCCUGGGCUGGGUGUCCAGCUGAGCUCGGGGGUGCGGGCAGCUCUGUGCCCCCACCAUGCACAGCACCAGGACAUGGGGGGGGCGGGCUCAGAGCUGUCGGCUCUUUCGAGCUUUGCCAUAAUCCCAUCACAGCUGGGCUCAGGCAGCAGGGCCGACCUCACCUGCUAGAGAAAAUAAACAUAUAGGCAAAUA